GUUCCUACCCUUUCUCCUAAAUACCAGAUGGAUUCAUUCUCUCCUUAAAUGUGUAUUAAUCAUCUAUCAGGUGAUGGGACAGGAUGACUGUGGCUGACAGGAGCUGGGUGUUUCUCUCCCUCCAGCUUUUUUACCUAGGAUGGAGUGGUGACUUCCAAGUUCCUGAAGUGGAGACUGAAGUGGAAUCUCUGUGUUUUGACUGUAGUACAACAACCUUUAAUCCUUACAACAACCUCAGGAAAGCUAACUACAUUGUCAGUGCUCAGGGCAGAGAAGCCAUGGGAACCAAGAACAACGUGACUGAAUUUGUGUUGUUCGGCCUUUUCCAGAGCAGGGAGAUGCAGCUUGUGUGCUUUGUGGUCUUCUCCCUCUUCCACGUGCUCACUGUCCUGGGGAACCUUCUGGUCGUCAUCACCAUUAAUGCCAGCAAGACCCUGAAUGCUCCCAUGUAUUUCUUCCUCAGCCACCUGUCUUUUGCGGACAUGUGCUAUCCAUCUGCUACCACACCCAAGAUGAUUGCUGACACUUUCAUGGAGCGAAAGACCAUCUCCUUCAAUGGCUGCAUGACCCAGCUCUUUUCUGCCCACUUCUUUGGUGGCACUGAGAUCUUUCUCCUCACAGCUAUGGCCUAUGACCGCUAUGUGGCCAUCUGUAGGCCCCUGCACUACACGGCUAUCAUGGAUCGGUGGAAGUGUGGUCUGCUGGCAGGGGCCUCCUGGGUGGGUGGCUUCCUGCAUUCCAUCCUACAGACCCUCCUCACAGUCCAGCUUCCCUUUUGUGGGCCUAAUGAGAUUGACAACUUCUUCUGUGAUGUUCAUCCCUUGCUGAAGCUGGCCUGUGCAGACACUUAUGUGGUGGGGCUCAUUGUGGUGGCCAACAGUGGCAUGAUAUCUCUCGUGUCCUUUAUCAUCCUUAUCAUCUCCUAUGUGGUCAUCUUACUGAACCUGAGAAGCCAGUCAUCUGAGGGUCGGCGUAAGGCUCUCUCUACAUGUGGCUCACACAUCGUCACUGUUCUUUUGGUCCUUCUGCCCCCCAUGUUCAUGUACAUUCGGCCCUCCACCACCCUGGCUGCCGACAAACUUGUCAUCCUCUUUAACAUUGUCAUGCCACCUUUGCUGAACCCUCUGAUCUACACGUUGAGGAAUAAUGAGGUGAAAAAUGCAAUGAGGAAACUGUUUAGAGUAGAGGGGAGCAUGGGGGAGAAGUGA